UAAUGAGAACACCAUAAAAACUGUGCGUUACAGAAGAUUGGUCCUAUUUGGCAGCAGCUGCCUCACCCACAACUGCUGACAUCUAAGAGGACUCUUCUCUCCCAAACCCCAAACUACCUGUCACCAUGGCCCACCGAUUUCCAGCCCUCAGCCCAGAACAGAAGAAGGAGCUCUCAGAAAUUGCCCAGCGUAUUGUUGCCAAUGGAAAGGGGAUCCUGGCUGCAGAUGAGUCUGUAGGAACCAUGGGAAACCGCCUGCAGAGGAUCAAGGUGGAGAACACCGAGGAGAACCGCCGGCAGUUCCGAGAAAUCCUCUUCACAGUGGACAAUUCUGUCAACCAGAGCAUUGGGGGUGUCAUCCUUUUCCAUGAGACCCUAUACCAGAAAGACAGCCAGGGAAAGCUGUUCAGAACCAUCCUCAAGGAAAAGGGGAUCGUGGUGGGAAUCAAGUUAGACCAAGGAGCUGCUCCCCUUGCAGGAACAAACAAAGAAACCACCAUUCAAGGGCUUGAUGGCCUGUCUGAGCGCUGUGCUCAGUACAAGAAGGACGGCGCUGACUUUGGAAAGUGGCGUGCUGUGCUGAGGAUCGCUGACCACUGUCCAUCCAACCUUGCUAUCCAGGAGAAUGCCAAUGCCCUGGCCCGCUAUGCCAGCAUCUGUCAGCAGAAUGGGUUGGUACCGAUUGUUGAACCAGAAGUCAUUCCUGAUGGGGACCAUGACCUGGAACACUGCCAAUAUGUUAGUGAAAAGGUUCUAGCUGCUGUCUACAAGGCCUUGAAUGACCAUCAUGUUUACCUAGAAGGCACUCUUCUUAAGCCCAACAUGGUGACUGCUGGACACGCCUGCACCAAGAAGUACAGUCCAGAGCAAGUGGCUAUGGCCACCGUCACAGCUCUCCGCCGCACUGUUCCUGCAGCUGUUCCCGGUAUCUGCUUCUUGUCCGGUGGCAUGAGUGAAGAGGAUGCCACUCUCAACCUCAAUGCCAUCAAUCUUUGCCCUCUAAUAAAGCCCUGGAAACUAAGCUUCUCUUAUGGACGGGCCCUGCAGGCCAGUGCACUUGCUGCUUGGAGUGGGAAACCUGCCAACAAGAAGGCAACCCAGGAGGCCUUUAUGAAGCGGGCUAUGGCCAACUGCCAGGCAGCCAAAGGGCAGUAUGUUCACACAGCCUCCUCUGGUGCUGCUUCUUCCCAAUCACUCUUCAUUGCCUCCUAUACCUACUAA